GUCACUUGCUUUUGACCCUCUCAUGACGUCCCAAAGCGGACGCACCGGAUACAAAGCCCACUGCGCGCUUCACUUACGGUCCGCAUCCAUGCUCUCGUGAAAUUCACAGACCGCCUUUGUUCUCGGAUUUGCUAUUCCAAGACCCGCUUUCAACGAAUCCUUCAGUCGCUUGUGUUUCACCUGUCACUACUAUAUCCACUUCAAGACCGUUGCAGCCGCCGGAUAUUCAAUAUCAUAUCGCCGUCGCUACUCCGUUUGCAAUCAACACAAUCUAACUUCUACAUCAACCAUGCCUCCUAUCGCCCAUCUUGCACCUCGCUUCCUGGAGGGCUCAUCUUCUGGAGGCAUUUCUGGAACUGCCAUCGCCGUACUCAUCGUUGUCGGAGUAAUUCCUGUCAUCGCACUUAUCUGGGUCUGCGUAUGGCUUCUGUUCUUCUACGGCAACGGGCGCAACUGCUGCUGCAUGCGCCGCAAGAGAGCUGCUACAGAGCCUGAGGUGCUCGAGAGCCCUAUGUCCAACGAAGCGACCUUGAACGAGAAGACCAACUACACUCUUCCCCAGAGGCCAGUCUCCGCCUGGAGGUCUGAGAGCGGAUCGUCCACCGAACGACCAAGAGACAGGGAAACACUGAAGAAGCACCACCCCAGGGAGAGCAUGCAGAGCCAGUGGAGCAGCAACAGCACCAUUCCUGUCGUCCAGGAGCCGAAGCAAAUGGUGUGAGCACAGCCUUGAGGGUCCUUACGGCACUGAAGUGCUCGUAUGAUCCAUCUCCUUUAUGACAAUUUGACGCCUCCUGGACGUGCUGGCCUCCUACAGCUGCAACUUGCCUCAUCGACGCCGUUUAACGUGCACAGCGUAUGCCGAGAACACCGAGGGGAACUGUACAC